UUUUUAAAAUAUAAUAUUCUUUUACUCCCUAGGAAAAGUUCUGUUAUUGCAAAGUAAAAUUUGAGGCUUUCAUCGAGAAGUAAGAAUUUUUAACGAAUAUACAUUAUGACACAUUAUAUAACUAUUAUAUUUUCAUGAUUUAAAUAUUAUGAAAUAGUUAUAAUUAGAAAUAUAACUUCGUUAUAUGUACUAUAUAAUUCAUUUUAUAUAACUAUUUCAAUUUUUUAAUUGAAUCAUUCAACGAAUCAAUAAUUUAUUAGAAUAAAUAAUUGAAUACGGACACUAGUCUUGCUUCUUUUAUUACUGAUGCCGGACAUUUUUGUAUAUUACAUAUAAAAACCGAGAACAAACAUAGGAAACUUCCUAACUUAAUUGUUAUAUUCUAUAAUUUUUUUUCACUUAUUAUUGUUGUUACUCAAAAUUUUGAGAAUAUCAUAAAAAAAUGACAUAAACCGAAAUCAUUAAAUUAAAUAAAUGUAAACAAAUUGAUGUUUUAGAAUAAAAUAUUUUCACAAUGAAAAUCUUCAAGCCGAUAUUUGUAUUAACGCUUUCGCUACUUGUAAGUUUAACUAUUAGCGUUACCAAUAUCUAUUUAUAGAUUAAAAAAAUGCAAAAUUAAAAAAUGAUUUUUCUUGACAGGUUUUGGACAAUUUUACGACUGUUUCUGCUCAUGACGGUGAGUAUCGGUGUAUUUAUUUGUACAUUAAAGGUGACAAAUGUAUGUUACAUCUCCCAAGUUUCUAAAAUUCUAGGUAAUUAAUUAUUACCAACAUUUGAGAUUUUUCUUUGGAUUUGAAUAGACAUUACUAGUCUUCAACUAAAAAAAUAAUUCAGAAUUGAUGUUUUUAAUGUCAAUAUUAAGAUAAUACUUGAUUAUAUAUUUUAUACUUUUGUAACCCAUUGAACGAUGGCCUUUUUACGGCUACCCACAAUCUAAAUAAUUUAUGCGAUAUCAUUUAAUGAGGUCCCAAAAUGUAAUAUUAACUAUCAUAUUUUGUUUAUAUAUCGAUGGAAAUUAAUAUGACCUAUAAUUAACCAAAAUCCGAUAUCUAUAACUUACGGACAUUCAAUACAAUUUUUUCGAUACAGAGCUCCUCGAAAAAUUAUUCAAAUGGUAUAGCAAUAUGCCGACAUUACACGUGGAUGUCCUAUCUGAUCAACGUGAGUACUCUGAAUAAUUUAUAUAAUUGAUAUUCAUAAAUAUUACAUGUUAUGAUGCUAAUCAUUUUUUAUAAUAUACAGAAAAAGAUACUUUGGAACAUAUUGGAUCAUUAAUAAGAGAGGGCAAAGAAGAUCAGAAUUAUCUCGGCAAAUUUUCCAGUAAGAAAAACUAUUGAACCUAAAAAUAUAAAAUAUCUCUAUGUCGUAUUACUAUUAUAACCAUUACAAUUGUUUUUUUAACUAUUAUACUAAACGCAACUUCAUUGGUCGUAAAAAGUUAACAUUUAAAAAUAAACAACAAUUUUUAUAGUCCAAGCAACAGACACGGUGUAUUUGAAUAGCCAAUUAUAUCAUUUUAAUGAAUUUAUUUACUUAUGUUUAAUGUAGAAGAUGACACUGAAAUUUACAAAUGGUGGAAGAGUAUGCCCAUGGUCAAUUAUGAUCUGCAGAAAAGUAUGUUCUAUGUUUUAACAGUUAUUUGCGAAAAAAUUAAAUAAUGCUUUCUUUUUUUUUUAAUAAAUUCUAUAAUACACCUAAAUUGUCUGUAGUUGAUAUUUCGAAUUCGAUGAACGACGGAAAAGAACAUGGUAUUAUACACAAGAGGACAGUUUAUAUGAUGUAAUAAUAAUUAGUCUAAUCCAACUAAUAGAAUGAUUCAACAGAUCCUUAUUUAAAUAGGUACAAGCAGAUGAUAAGUAAAACAAUUAUUUAAAAAUAAAACAAUACAUUUAACUGUGUUAUUAUUGUAUACUUGAACGUNGAUUAGGUAUGUAUCUAAAACGAGCAUGCCCUAAUUUUCGGGAAAACAAUUGUUGUAAAGUUCACAACGGGUAUAAAGUUUAAAUAAAACAUUAUACAAUUAGAAUUAUGAUUUAUAGAAUAAAAAAUUCAAUCGUUAAUAAUCUCGAGAUAUUUAAAACAUCAAUUAAUAAUUACUAAACAGUUACCUUAAGGUACCUUUGUGAACACUAGAAUUUGUCUAUUUAUAUAUAUCUUCGCGAGGAACCGAAUAUAAUUAGUAUGCCCACUGAAAUAUAAAAUCCGUAUGAAUUAUACGUAUCCUAUCAGUUAUAAUAAAUGCUUUGAAGUCUAAUAUAAAUGAGCACAAUUACAAUAGUAUGUUAUUAUUAUAUAAUUUUCUAUUCUAUAUAAUUCUAAGUUAAUAUACAUUAUAAUAAUUUGAAAAUACAAAAUAAUGGUUUAGAUAUCAAAUAGGUAUUAUAAAAUUUGACCGCGUAAAUUAUGUAACGUUAUAGGUUGGUUAGAUUGACUUGGAAACAUACUAUAUAUACAUAAAAUAAUUAACUACAUUAUAUGUUACUAAUUUAUUUAUUUUUCAUACUUAUAGUACGUAUUGAAGCCAUCUAAAAAGACCGAAAUUAUGUGUAGAAGAAACAAUGCGAAUUAAUAUAUUUCGUCUAUUAUUAAUAGUAUUAUUUUAAUAGUUUUAGUUUUAUCACAAACGUAUUAAUCUCACGACAUUUGAAGAAAAAUGUAUACUUACGAUAACGCACAUAACAACCAACAUAUUUUGUUUUUAUUCACAUUGUUAUUAUUUUAUAACCAUUGUAAUCUAACCUAAUAAAUAACAUGACCAAUUAUGUAAUUUGUUAUAAGUAUUUAUUUUCCAUCAUUCGAUAUACACUAUUAUUUAU